AAUCACUAAUAAGAGAAGAAGUCUUAGAGGCCUCUUUUUGGAACCAAAAGUAUGAUCGGGACAACCUAGAUAAAUAUCGGUGUAAUGAUUGUCGCUACAACUGCAAAGAGAACGAAAAGUGCAAUGGCAACAAGAACGGAGGUUCUCGAAUUUGGUAAAAGUGGCUACAUAUGAAUUUUCCACUUUACUAUCUAUACGAGUAGAAACAUAAAUUUGUACCUAACAAUAUUCUUAAAUUAUACUCCCUCCGUUUCUUUUUUAUAGGCUGGUAUGGGAUAGCGGGGAGAUUAAGAAUUUUUUCAUUCCGCCGUUUUUUGUGUUUCUUUCCAUUUUUACCCUUAUCUAAUCAAUUCGUCUCUCCAAAACAACGAAAUUCAAAAGGGAUUUCUCUUUGAAAUUGAGAAUAAGAAAACAACUCUUUCAGAUUCACCAUGAAUGUUUUCUGGAUCUGUUGAAUCGAAUUAAAGAUGGAUAUCAAUGUUUCCUAAAGAAGCAAGAUGAAUCAGAUUGUUCAAAUAAAAAAAAAAUUGAUUAACUAAAGAAGAAGUUGAGAAGCGUCGUCAGAUUGUUUAAGGGUUUGAAUAAAUUUGAGAAACAUGAUGGUCCUUCAAUUUGGAGUUUGGUUUUAGAUCAGUUUAAUGAUACUGAUCUCGUUUCUCAUUUUUCUCCCUUCAAAAACCUAGCAAGCUCAGCUUCUGUUGGUGCUUGGAGAAACCUUGCUUCCAUUUCAGAUAACUUUGUAGGGUAUGCACAAUUAGCGACAGGGGUUGAUGUUGUUUACAUGGUCUGCGGAAAAUGGAUGGAUGAAUUCCAGCUGAUAUUAAAGUAUUGAAUCUGAGUGAACUGUGUUGAUGAAUUCCAACUAUUAUUCUCAGUGUGUGUCAAUGGGGAUUCACCCUUUACGUGUUUGAUAAAAUUACCGAGUGAAAUGGGUUUUGACUUGAAUCAAAUUCCUGAGGAUAAUCUAUCUCAAGGUAAUUUUCCAUCUCCAAUUACAAUUCAAUCUCCAACUAUUAAUGAUUCAAAUCAAUAUUGUCUCAUCGAUUUAAACGAAUGUUACCCGGAAGAAGAUGAUGAUGGUGAUAGUGAAGAAGAAGAAGAAGAAGAGGAAGAAGAAGAGGAAGAAGAGGGGGAGGAGGAAGAGAUACACUGUCCCAUUAACACCAUCGCAGAACCAGAACCUAUUCGCCAUGGAAAUAAGAAGAAGAAUUCAACCUCUGAUGUGAAGAGAAAGGUUCUUGAAAAAUUGAUGCAAGGAAGCACAAAUAGGAGACUUCGCAAGGGAGUUAUCACUGAUACUGCCGCUCUAUUUAAAGUUGGUAUCAGAACUGUUUCAAGAUUAUGGCAUGAUGCAAAACUGGCUGAUACAAAUGGAGAUGUGGUUGAUAUAUCUUCUAAGAUGGUCGGCAGAGUUGGUAGAAAGAGAAUUCAAUUAGAUUUACAUAGAAUUAAAGCAAAAUUUUAGAAAAAAUUCCUUAAAGCAACAAUCGAAGUUUCCCAUGAAAAUCUAAUUGUCUAGCAAAGUUUUAUCCACAUCAAAUUUUGAUUUUAGAUUUAUAAUCAUUGAGUCUUGUUCUGCAAACCCAUUCAUUGAAUUUCAAAACCAUUGAGUACAAAAUAUUUUCAGUUGAUUUGUGGAUUUACUGACGAACAAAACCAAAUGAAUGUCUAACCAUUUUAUCAGUCUUGAAUCAGUUGAGUUGUUGUCGGAGUUGAUUAGAUUGAAGAAAGAAGAUAUCAAUGGUACCAUUGAAGAUGGUGAAGAAUUGACUGGUUUUGUUGGUGUUACUGUGAAGAAGAAGGAGAAGAAUGAUUGUGGUAUGAUGAGAACGUCUUUGCUGUGAAGAAGAAGGAGGAGAAUGAUUCCGGUAAGAUGGUGUUUCUGGUGGUGUAGUGGUGGCGAUGGUGUUGCUGGUGGUGGUUUCUGCUGGAGAAGAUGAAGCUGAAGGACGCCUUUAAUGACGGUGAAGGUGUCUCAGUGAGAAAAAAACAAUUUUAAGAAGGUUAAAAUCGUAAAAGUGAAACCUAGUAUAUCCCAAUUGGGAUACCAGCCUAUAUUUUUGAAACUUAUAUUUUAGGAAACCAGCCUAUAAAAAAGAAACGGAGGGAGUAAUAAAACUCUAAACAUGAUAAAUGUUUUAUACCAUUCUAGCAUGUUACAUUCGGUGUCUGGCAAGUUUUCGGAAGGUGAGACUCAGAUGUCAUUACAUGUGAAUUUCAGUGGCUUGCAAUACUCUUGAUGGAACACCUAGACGAUAAGGUCUGUGAAUAAUUAGUAAUUUUGUUUACCUCCAUUUCUGACAUUUGUGUACAAUGUAACUGUAUCAAAGUUUGUUUUUUCUAUACAGACUUUGAAACGAUUGUGAUUGAUAAUUUUCAUAUUUUUGGGGCAAUCAAUAAUACAAUGAGCUAUAAUGUCGAAUUCCUUUA